CACCAGGUGGCGAUACUGAGUCUUCCUGUGACGACUUCCGUGUAAUUUCCAAGAUGGCCGCUUGCAUCGCACACGAUUUUGUCGCGCACAUUGCAUCUAUGUCCAUAUCUACAAACAUGUAUUCGUACUAGUAGUUUCUGUAUUGUUUUAAAUUUUGUUGUCGACGGUGAACUGGUUGGUGAGUUAUUACCGAGCCAAAAAUAGUAGAAUCGGCGUGCUAUUACGUGCUUAUUGACAUUAGCGAGGCAGUAGCUAGCCAUGCCAGCACAUACUCUGUACGUCGGUUCGCUGCCAGAAUCUGCUUCAAACGAACGCCUCGAGGAAAUUUUCUCCGAGAUUGGUCCUGUCAAGCAGUGCUUCGUGGUCAAAGAGAAAGGCUUAGCAAAAUGUCGGGGUUUUGGCUAUGUCAUAUAUGCCAUGGAAGAAGAUGCACUGCGAGCACUGAAAGAAAUAAAGGAUUACGAUGGAAAGAAGCUGAUUAUUUCGGUGGCAAAGAAGAAAUUGAAAGACACGAAGAAAACAGCUACAAAGGAAGCAGCAGCAGCACCACCACCACCACCACCGACAAAAAAGGAAACAGACAAGAAAUCCCAAAACAUAAAGAAGCAGAACUUGAAAGCUCGACUCAUCAUUAGGAACCUCAGUUUCAAGUGCUCUGAGGAUGAUUUGAAGCAAGUUUUUGCCAAGUUUGGAUCAGUUCUUGCAGCUAAAAUCCCCCUCAAGCCAGAUGGUAAGAUGCGAGGAUUUGCAUUUGUUCAGUUUAAGACUGUGUGCGAGGCAUCCAUAGCGCUUCGAGCCAUGAACCUGAAAGAGAUAAAAGGUCGGCAAGUGGCUGUGGACUGGGCUGUGCCGAAGGACAAGUAUGUUGCCAUGCAGGCGACCUCCAGUCCAAGGACGACUACAACUGAAGGCAGCUCUGCAAAACAAUCAGAGCCUCAGUCAGAUAACGAAGACCCAGAUGAGGAAAAGAAUCAAGCCACCAGUAGCAAGUACAAGCUUCAAAGGGUUGGCGCUAAAAAAUCUGCACCACCAAUGGAGGAUUCACAGUCAGAUGAUGAUGAUGAUGAUGACGAAGAAGAAGAAGAUGAUGAUGAUGAUGAUGAUGGAGACAGUGAAGAUGAUGAGGAUAUUGAUGACAAAGAGUCCCAGGAGGGAGAAGAAGACGACGAGUCCGACAAUAGCCUCGAUUCAGAGGAGGAUGCGAAUGACAGUCAUGAUGAAGAUGAGGCAGAAGAUGACAAAUCAGCUCGCAAGAAAACAAAGAAGCUGCUCCCGUCAGAUGUGCAAGAGGGCAGAACAAUUUUUAUCAGGAACUUGUCCUUUGACACAGAAGAAGAAGCCUUGGAAAAAGUUAUUCUCCAGUACGGAGAUCUGAACUACAUAAAGAUUGUUUUCCAUCCAGACACAGGACAUUCAAAAGGCUGUGCGUUUGCUCAGUUUAAAACAAAAGAGGCAGCGGAUAGAUGCAUAGCUGCAGCACAGGAUGAAGCAGAGGCUAGCGGCAUCCGGGUGGACGGUCGAAAGCUGCUGAUUGUGGCUGCAGUGAGCAAAGAUGACGCGGCCAAGCUGAAGGUCAAUAAUAAAGUCAAAGUGCAGACGGGCACCAGGAACUUGUAUCUGGCCAGAGAAGGAUUGAUCCGUGCUGGAACCACAGCAGCAGAGGGCGUCCCUGAAGCAGACAUGAUUAAGAGAGCCAGAUUUGAAGAAGUAAAAAGGACAAAGCUCCGGGACAUCAAUGUCUUUGUGUCCAAGACUCGUCUGUGCGUCCACAACUUGCCAAAGUCUGUAGACAUCAAAAAGCUGCGAGCGCUGUGUCUCCAAGCAGUGAAGGAACCCAAAGGAGUGCGGAUAUCAGAGUGUCGCAUCAUUUAUGACAAGAAGCCUGAGAAGGGUCAGGUGAUGGGCCAGUCUCUAGGUUAUGGCUUUGUCCAAUUUCAGGAGCACGAACAUGCUCUCGCGACACUUCGCUACCUCAACAACAACCCCAACAUCUUUGGCCCACAUAAGAGACCCAUUGUUGAAUUUUCUCUGGAGGAUUCUCGGAAACUCAAAAUGAAAGAAAUGCAGCGACAAAAAAAUAAGGAACAUUGCAAAAAACAGACUGGAAAAGUCAGCACGUCAUCUCAGGUAUCAACAAGCAGAGACGGGAAAGGAAUCAAACAUUUUGACACUCAAGUUACGUCCCCAAUGCAGAAGCCUGGAAAGAGGAAAGCUCAUCAUGACAACCCAACUCAAGAGGUGAGACCCAACUCACACAGCGGUUUCCAGUCCAAGCCUGAGGUGGAGCACGUUGAUUUGGAUAACGGAAAGAAACGGAGGAAAGUUCUGGUGUUUCCUUCUCAUCGGGGGCCGAAGAUCAGAUUGCGUGACAAAGGGAAGCAAAGGGCUCCGCCCCCCAAGAAAGUACAGCAAAAAGGCAGCAGGAAAGAACGCCAAAAACGACUAUUGGAGAAGCCCACACAUCCAAAAAAUCAGAAGAGUAAGGCUCCAAAGAGCAGGGGCGGGGACCGCUUUGACAACCUGGUGGAGCAGUAUAAGAAGAAACUUCUCUCUAAAAGUGACAAAACCUCCAGUAUGAGAAAAAACAAGUGGUUUGAUAGUUAGUUGCUUAAUUUAAACAUGUAUUUUCAAACAACAUAAUUCAAGUGAUGCUGAUUUAAUAAUGUGGUGCCAGUUUGCACAAUAUAUUUGUAUGAAACCUUCGUGUUUCACUAAGUUGUCGCAUCCACCAGUGAAAGCACACUUAUGUAAGAGUUUUACUUGUCAGCUGGCUUUUUAUUAAACAUAUCAAAACAA